CCGAUCCUUUGCGGAGUGCAGCAACUGCCAAACCUCAUUUACGAUAUCCGUACCGCGCUUCUCCGACGACCAAACUUCGACUUCGCAUCACCCGACGACAGCGACUCUGUCGGCCGCCGUUUCCUUCUUGUCCGAUUUCCCUUCAUCAAUCACUACAUAAUUCCGAUUCCGUCUACCGAUUUUUCUCGCGAAAUCAAGUCGCUCGAUAUCAUGGAGGACCGAUCAACUGGGGCCUCCGGCUCGCCUUCUCCUCAGCCAGACCUGCACCGGAACCGAUUGCCGACUCUGUUUGAGGUCUUGAGUCGUCGAACCCUGCCGCCAGUCGACCUCUUCUCGUUCUAUAUUUUCAUGAGAGAUCAGCAAAAAUCCGUCGAUUAUCUCGAUUUCUGGCUCGAUGUCGCUCAGCACAUGUCUCUGUGUCGCCACUACGUGCGCGAACUUCGCAGAUCCGUCCUGGUUGGAACACCCGACUUGGACAAGUCGGGCUCCAAGCGGUCUUCUCAGAUCUUGGAUGGACUUGGUGACAUGAGCCAUUCUGCCGCUGGCCCAUCGAUGUAUGCCACUGAGAAGGAAAAGAACCAGGAUGCCCAGAUGUCGGCCUACCUGAGAGAAGAGGCCCAAGACUCCCCUCAAAGCAGCACCGGAGAGCAUCGCAGCCGUCCCAGUGGGGCUUUCAGCACCACGCGCGACCUGACGACGGAUUCCAACUCUCCCGCACACACCGUCGCGAGACAGGACAUCCGGGCUUCGGCGGAGAAGAUCCUCUACACCUUCCUCCUUCCGGGCGCAGAGCGUGAGAUCAUUCUUCCGGGUUCCAUUACUCAGGACGUCACGACUUCCAUUGAGGACUUUGGUAGAGACGAUCCAGAGGUGUUUGACGUUGCCAAGGAUUACGUCUUUCAGGCUAUGGAACGCGAUGCCUUCCCCAACUUCUUGAGAAUGAAGGCCCUUGGCAACCUCAUCCCGACCACUCUCCAGAUCAGAAUGAUUGUCGGUCUUCUGGCCAUGUUUGGUGGCUUCUGGGCCGCUUUCAUCCUCAUCUUCCUCAAUGCCCCCCGAACUACCAGAUGCUGGCUCAUCCUUCCAUUUACCGUCGGUGUCUACUUCCUCGCAUCAUACCAGUACUCUCUGGAUCCUGUUCUCGCUCUCAUCGGCCUCAGCGAGUACACGCCGUUCAACUUCUCUCGAAUUCGUGAGCCGUACGUUCGUAAGCUCCUUGCUAAGCGGUCUAUCAUGGUCCUCGCCGUCACAUUCUUAAUCGACGCCGCGCUCUGUGUGCUCUUCAUCCUUGUCCCUGGCAAACGGCUGUAAAAUGCCUUGUUCUGCCCGGGACCACAAACAAAGGAUGUGGUGCAAUACCCCAAACACAACAACAAUGCGGUCC